AUUACAAUGUUUAAUUUUUUUGUGGUAGACAUAGUCUGACAUUGGUCGAGCCGCACGAGCAUCUCAGACAAUUCCUCACACUUCAGGCUCGAAGAGUUAUGCGAGGCUCAGAGCUGAAUUUAUGGAAGACCAUGGGAGGAAACCUGGUGAGGUGGAGUUCUAUAAGAUGACUCACACCCACCGAGAUGGCAGCUUUGUCCGAGAGGAGUCGAGAGAUAUAGUUGACAGAGCUACAUCCCUUAUUUCAGAGCGUAUCGGAGAGUCAUCUUCAAUCGGCAACACCAGAGGUGUCGAAGCUCAGGCGUUUACCGAGUUGAUGGGCUCGGAGCGUUAUGGACGAGUGAGGGGUUAUGGCGUUGGAGUUACCCCCACUCAGUUGUCUGCAGUGGGUAGAUAUACUCAAGAUGUUAGACAGAGUAGUAGCACUGCAGAGGUUAAUGAUCUGAAGGCAGAGAUAAAAGAGUUGAAGCAGAGCCACCAGACAGAGAUGCAAUCUUUGAGGGCUCAGAUUAAUCAGAUUACAUCUUUGUUGCAUCAGUUUGUCCCUCCUCAGGUUCCUGAUAGUUCAUCUGCACGUAGAGAUGGUGAUGCUAGCGACCCCUGAAGCAUUUAUUUUGGAGUUUAUAUGUAUUUUUUUAUGCUUUUUGAAGUACAUUGUUUUGUACUUCCUAAAUGCUGUCUUGUUGCUCUUCUCUUCUAACAAUGGAAUUUUGACUCAUCAAACAAUGGAAUUUUGACUCAUCACGUAUGUAGCUCAUCCUCCCCAUCUUCUUAGUUAAUGUGUAUGUUAAAACUUUAAUCGGACACUUAGUUUACCAUACGAGUUAGUGACAUAUUCUCAGGUAAUGAUGUAUCUUAGUAAAGUUUAAUUCUGGAAAAUUAUUGUGGAUGAACUUUAACCAGUAGUAUAAAGUAUCACAUGAUACAUGUUCAUAACAAUGGAUUACUGUUUGGCCUAACUACUAGGUUAUUUUGGCUUUUGUUUAUAUCCUAUUUCUGCUGGUUCUGUAGUUUUAUCUUUAAUCUGGCUUUGGGUGUGUUCAAGGACCAGUUAGUUGCUUUGUUAUUAGGUUGUUUAUUCAAAGUUUAGUCUUCUGUCAUUAAUGGUAUGAGUCGUGUUUUUCUUCCUGCUAUAGCAUGUGCUUCAUUGUUCCCGAGGUAUGCAUCAGAUUUUGGCUUGGUUGUGGCAAAUGGGAGUUAUGCAAUCACUGCUAGUCACUGUGUCCAAUGCAGUUGCGGACCAGCUUCAUUGGCAGUGUCAUGUUCGAGCAUGCAGUGUAGAAACAGCAAUCUGAUGCUUGGAAAUGUUACUGCCCAACCCACUAGUGCUGGUUGCAAUGUCACUUCUUGUUCUUAUGGUGGCUUUGAGAAUGGAACCAUUAUGACAAUGCUAACUACGUCUCUUCAGCCUCGAUGCCCAGGGCAACAUCAGUUUCCUCCAAUCAUACUACCACCAUCAGCACUGAUCCGUAAUGCAUUUCUUGCUCCAUCACCAUCACCAGUGCAAUCACAACCUGGUGGUGCUCUGACGACACCAAAAUCUUCAGUGCCUGGUACUUUCACACUUCCUGGUGGAUCUCCUGCCAAUGGUCCUUCUGGGAGUAUGUCGGAGGCUCCUACCGUUAAACCCUUGAAGCACAUUCUAGUAGUUUUUAUUUUUUGUCAGGUUCCCAACUUCCUUCUGUAAAUGGUGAUGCAAUUUUUUGAUCAAAUGUGUACUGAACUGUUGAGUUUCAUAAUAGCUGGAUUGACUCUCUUCCUGUUGGGCUUGUUUGUUGUAUUUGACCUUUAUUAUUAGACUUCGUUUGCAUGAGCUGAUCAGGAAAUCAUUAACAUGCUUAUGCUGUAA